AUGAAGCGUGACAAAAAUCUUAUCGUCUUUGGCAUUCCAGCAUCGACUAAAAAAGAACCUAACGAGAAGCAAGUAGACGAUGAGAACAAAAUAAAAGAGCUUUUAACCAACGUUAAAAUUAAUUCGGACAAUAUAAUCAAAUGUUUUCGCUUACGGUCAAAAGAUCCGAAUAAACCUCCACCUAUUAUAGUUGAGACGACUUAUACUGUCACCAGAAAUAAUAUUGUUAAAGCAGCCCAGCGUAAAUUUGAAGGCAUCUAUGUUAAUCCAGAUCUGACAGAAGCACAAAGAAGACAAGAUAGACAAUUCCGAGACGAGUUGAAAAAGAAAAACGAGCCUCUUAAUUUAAUAAACAACUGGGCAAAUGCAAGUCAUUACUACGUUAUUCAGCAUAAGUCAUUUUCAACUAUUAGUCUACAACAACAGUCAGCUUUCCAUAAAAUACCAUGCUGUUAUACCAAUGCUACAUCCCUUAACAAUAAAAUGCCAGAGUUUCUAGCAUCAAUUGAGACAUACAACCCUAAAAUAAUCUUCGUUACAGAAACUUGGUGGCAUGAAUCAUCGAUAACUAACAUUAAAACUAUAUGGAUUAACUGGGAUUCGAGCAGUAUCCCAACUAUCAGCAACACAAAUAGCCUUUCAAGUAAUUUUAUUGACAUCCUUGCCGAGUCGUUUUUGAUACAAUUUGUUACUAAGCCCACUUUUCAACUUGAUGAAAUUACAUCAAACAAUAUUCUUGAUCUAAUUAUAGCCGAAAAUGAAAAUCGGGUCCUCGAUAUUAUUCACCAUGCACCUUUAACGUCUCUGAAGAAAUCUCACCACGUCCUUCAAUGGUAUUACGUUGUUAAAAGCGCUGCAGUUGUAGGAAAACACAUUGAAAAACGCAUUUAUCAUAAAAGUAACUAUGUAAAGAUAUUCGAAUAUUUUAACAAUAUCAACUGGCAGAUGGAAUUCAAUGGACGCAAUACUGAUGACUGUUAUAACAUUUUCCUGAACCACUACGAGGCUCCAUGCAAAACUUAUGUCCCAGUGACUAAAUCAAAAUGGAUUCAUCGUAGAAGCGAAUGGAUGAAUGACGACUUCAAGAAUAAAAUAAAAACUAAAAAUAAACUAUGGUUUCGAUGUAGAGCGAAUGGAUAUAAAAAUCUUAAACUAGUCAACGAAUAUAAAGCGCGUAAUAUUCAAUUGAAGAAGCUCAUAUAUAAAGCUCGUUGUGAGUUUGAACUUGAUUUAGUGAUAAAAUCGAAGCACAGCCCAAAGAUCCUGUUCAAGCAUGUUAAUAGCAAACAAAAUGUUAGAACUACAAUAACAGCCUUAAAAGGAAUCACUAUCACAAAUCCAAUAAAAAUUGCAAAUCGGCUGAACAAUCAUUUUCAAAGUGUUUUCAACAAAAAUGAAGACGAUGAACUGCCAUAUUUUAUAAAACGAACUGAAGCCAUCUGCAAAUACUCGCAAAUAACGCAAGAUCUGGUUAAAAACAAGCUGAGCGAUUUAUCAGUUGAUAAAACCGUUGGUUUGGAUGGUGUAAGCGCAUAUGUACUGAAGAAUUGUUCUGACAGCUUCUCAAUACCUUCAUGCACAAUUUUUCAGAAGUCGCUAGAUAGUGGGUGUUGUCCUGAAGUAUGGAAAAAAGCUAAUGUAACACCACUGUAA